CACCGGUAAAUUUCAGUCAGACGGGAACUCCGGCGACAGAUAUGGCGUCGUCAAAGGGAGGAAACACCACCGCCCACAUCAAUACUCUUCACCAUCGUCUUUAUCACGCUCUUAAUCUCGGCUUCAGGGUAUGUGAUGAGAAAGAGAAGAAGUGGAAGUGUACUGAUAUCGAGAUACAGAGACAUGUCGUGAAGUCGAUUUCAGCUUUUCUUGAUUGUUUUUCUCGAGCAACAGCUAACAAUCGUCUUAUCAAGGAUUCAAUUUCUGAUAUAGCCGGGGCCUUGGUGUUUAUUCUAGGGUGUAAAAACAGAGCAGUGGUUGGUUUAGCAGCCAAUGUAGUCAUUAGGUUGAUCCGUAUUGUUCCUCCUUCUAUCUUGCAUUCAUAUUCUUUGGAUCUCGUGGAGUCUUUAUCACCUCUGUUAAGUUGUCAACAAUUUGAUGUUUCGCUUCCCUGUGCCGUUGCUUUGAACGCUAUUCUUGUAAACGUAAGAGAAACGAAGGAGACAGAUGUGUGGAAGAUUUUAGAAGACGCAAAAACUGUGGUUUCCGUUGUUGGUAAUCUGCAGAACUUUUCUGAGGGGAGUAUGUCAGUGGAAUGGUUUCAAGAGAUGGCUUUGCUUCUGAGUACAAUUAUGUUGAAGUGGCCUCGGUCAAGGUAUUCUGUUUGGAACAACCCUGCCUUGAUGGGUAUAUUGGAGAGUGUUAGUCAGAACCCUGAUAUGGGUUUGAGAGUUGCAACUUUGAAGCUGUAUUCUUCUCUAGCUCUUUGUGGCCAUGGUGCCAAUGAGCUUCUAGACAAUGGGAAGCCUAUGUUAGAUAUGAUGAUUAGCUGCAUGGAGGAAUCAAGCCCUCAAAAUGCUCGAAUUGAAGGGUUAAAGCUAGCACAAAGGCUUGCGACAGGUAACCGAGAGUGCUUGAAGAUGAUAAACAUGUGUUCUGAGUCCCUAGUAAAGGCUACCAUUCGGACCAUGGGUAAGUGGUUCUUGAGCUCAGGAAAGCUUGAACAUGACCAGAUGUCUUUACUUGUGGAGGCUUGUAAACUGGCUCUAAUCACUCGUUGGGAAGGAAAACAUCAUAUUUAUUUCUGGAAGUAUCGGAUCUCUGAAACGCUUCUUAGUCUUGUUGUGGAGAAUUUUCAUAGUCAAUCCUUGGAUGGUUAUGUGUCUCUGGAUGAAGAAAUUUUAGUUGCUGAGAAGGUACUGAAUGCCAAUUAUUUACCUAGUCUGAGGUCAUACGUUUGGGAUAUAAUUGGAUUCUUGGCAGCUCACUGUGAGGAAGAGUUUGAUUCCAUUUUGCGUGGAGAUGAACUCUGCCUCAACUUUCUUGUCACAUGUGCAUGCUUGACCUUUUCGAGGUCGGUUCAGAAAGGCUAUCAAAUAUGUCAAAAUGAUAUUAUCAGCGCCUCCCAUAGCGAGUCAGCAUCAAGAGCAGUGCUAAUGAUGAUAUAUUCUCCCUCCAAAUACAUAUCAUCGAGGGCCAGAGUUACCCUGUCAUUCAUCCUAGAAGAAGGUGGUGAGCAAAAUUUGAAUUCCCUUGUGAAUUUUCUGCGUUAUAUUCCAUCUUCUGGAGGUUACAUACUACCAAAUAUACUCCAAACUACAGUCUGUUUGGUGGGCUUGGCAUGCUAUUCAUCGAUCCCUCAAUAUGCGAGUUUCAUUUUAAGAAACCAGGGUUUAGAGAUACUGUUAUCUUUCUGUAGCUGGUAUCAAAGGAAUUGGGAAAAUAUUGGAGCAUCAAGUUUUGCUCCUUCUCCCCAGAGCAUCGCUGAAAAGAGGAUAUGUUGUUGGGUAUGUACGGAAGACUGGGACAACAAAGAUGCUUUUCUUCUAUACGCUCUCUUGGCUUUGGCCGAGUUGGUAAAUCAUUCAUUCUCUGAACAGAAUCACGCUAUAGAACUUUCAGUGAAGAGCGAAAAUUUGAAAGAUCGGUUAUGCACCACACUUAAGGAGAUCCGAGAUGAAACUUAUGGCUCUGGUCCAAGGUGGUAUGCUGCACACAUCCUAAGCUAUCUUGGAUACUAUGGCUUCCAACAUAAGUUGGGGAAAAGGCUCAUGGGAGCUUAUGAAGAUGAGGAAUUUAGUGAUAUGCGACUCGUUUUUGCUAGUGGGAAUAGUGCGAGUGUAAACAAAGUUAUUAUUGCUGUCAGUUGUCCAAUGUUGCUGCCUCCCAAGGAAGGAGCUCACAGUGGCUCGACUAUAUUAACUGAGAAAUCUCAGAGAACCAUUCAAGAAAUCCGCAUGUCUGCCAAUGUGGAUACUUUGGCGCUUGUUAAAUUAUUGGAAUUUGCUUACUCCGGGUAUGUGGAAGUAGAAAGCACGACUCUGAAAAAGCUGAAAACUUUGGCGAGACAUUGUAAGGCAAAGGUUCUGCUGCAGAUGCUCAGCAGAAGAAGACCCAAGUGGGGAUCUCCAAUACCCGGAAUUGAUUUACCCCUUGCCCUCACUCCGAAACUCAUCCACUUCUCGGAUGUGAUAUUAGUACCUAAAGAAACAAACGUGGCUGGCUUCAACUGCCGUAUGUGUUCCUUAACAUCUCCUCAUGCCCACUCUCACCGAGUUAUACUGUCGUCAGGCUGUGAAUACCUACGUGCCUUGUUCCGAUCGGGGAUGCAGGAGAGCCAUUUGGAUAGACUAAACGUUCCUGUGAGCUGGCUGGGGUUAACAAAACUUGUGAGUUGGUUCUACUCUGAUGAGUUGCCAGACCCUCCAUCGGGUUGCAAGUGGAACAACAUGGACACUGAGGCAAAACUGGAUGAGCUUCAAGCUUACGUGGAGAUAUACUCGCUUUCUGAAUGGUGGAUUAUGGAAGAUCUUCAAAACGAUUGCGCUCAUGUGAUUCUCUGUUGCUUGGAAUCCGCUAGAGAGUUAUCUAUCAAAACAAUUGAAUUAGCUGCAAGUUUCUCGAUGUGGAAACUGGUUGAAGCUGCUGCUAAUCAUGCAGCUCCUAUAUAUCAUCAGCUUCGUGACUCAGGUGAGCUCGAUGAGCUAGACGACGAGCUGGCAGCACUUGACGUCGCGAAAACACUCUUUUCCAUUUUCAUUGAUAUCGUCAUCGACAGCAUGAGCUUCUUCAUCGACGCUUACGAUCUCUUCUGCUUCUCUCUGAUUUCUAAGCUCUUUGGUCGUUUCUACUUCCGCAACCAGCUUUUACUCCCCAUCAUUAGAUCAGAAUUGAUCCCGGAUUCGAUUAAGAAACAAAAACUUUAUUGUGAGGAAGUAAAAGGAGAUAAACAAAAUACAAAAAUGGUGGCGAAAAACUCGAUCGAAUGCAACUCUUACAGUACUGAGCGCAAGUCUUUCGAAGAGACCAAGGUUCCUCCUAUCUUUGGCCUUCCUCUAGUUGCCUUAGACGACAAGAAACCUACCUCGGAUUUUGCAAUACCUGUCAUCGACUUUGCAGGCAUCCACGUGUCACGUGAAGCCGUUGUGCAGAAGAUCAAAGACGCUGCAGAGAAGUGGGGAAUCUUCCAGGUGAUCAACCAUGGUGUUCCUUUAAGUGUUCUUGAAGAGAUUCAAGAUGGAGUUGUUAGGUUUCAUGAAGAAGAUCCUGAGGUUAAGAAAUCUUACUUCUCUCUUGACUUCACAAAAACAUUUAUCUACCACAAUAAUUUCGAACUGUACAGUUCGUCUGCUGGUAACUGGAGAGACUCUUUCGCUUGUUACAUGGCUCCUGAUCCUCCAAACCCCGAGGAUCUCCCAGUGGCUUGCAGGGAUGCUAUGAUCGGAUACUCAAAGCAUGUGACGAACUUAGGUGGUUUGAUCUUUGAACUUCUCUCAGAAGCUCUUGGUUUGAGCUCUGAUAAGCUUAAGAGUAUGGGUUGCAUGAAGGGUUUGCAUAUGAUCUGCCAUUAUUACCCUCCAUGUCCACAACCUGACCUAACUUUAGGCACAAGUAAGCAUUCCGACAACACCUUUAUCACCAUUCUUCUUCAGGACAACAUUGGUGGUCUUCAAAUUCUUCAUCAAGACUGUUGGGUCGAUGUCUCGCCUCUUCCCGGGGCUCUUGUCAUCAACAUCGGAGAUUUCUUGCAGCUGGUGACGAACGACAAGUUCAUAAGCGUUGAACAUAGAGUGCUUGCAAAUAAAGUUGGACCGAGGAUUUCAAUCGCGUGCUUUUUCAGCUCGAGUAUGAAUCCAAACUCCACAGUUUACGGACCAAUCAAGGAGCUUCUCUCUGAAGAAAACACUCCAAAAUACAGAAACUUCACUGUACCAGAGUACUCAAAGGGAUACAUUGAGAAAGGUCUCGAUGGAACAUCGCAUCUGUCACAUUACAGGAUAUGAGAUUAAAAAAAAAAGGACAGAUAGGUAAAAUACCCUGUUUGAUGUAUUCAGAUAUAUUGUCUAUGGUCCGUCCUUUCCUUAUCGAUGUAAAGCUAGUACUCUUUUCUUGAGUCUGCAAUAACAAAACCAUUGUACCAAAGAUAAGAAACAAAUGGUGUGUCU